AUGGGCGCCUUUGCUCUCAUUGGCACGAUGGCCCUCGGCAUGCCGGAUGCAGAGAACCGCGUGGAACCGCACUGCACCGCGGUGUACACCCCGCCGCACGUCCUACCACGCGAAGCCACCCAGAAGAAGGGGCCUGUUCCGAUAGCAUGGAAGAUGGGAAAGAGUAUCGCACCCAUCAGGAUAGCGGGAGUGGAUGCGAGUGCAGUUGUGGUGGACCCUGAAAGGAGGCAGAUGUGGGUGUCGUUUAUGUCUGCAGCGGGCAAGGAGCUCAGUGCCACGGUAGUAGUCGUUCGCCUGCAGCUCUCGCUUUGCCCCCAGCGCAAGGCGCACACGUUCCGCGUGUUUCUGGAGCGGUUCAAAGCAGUGGGCAUGGAGGGGAACAGUCUGCUUCAGCCCACCGUGGCGCUCAACAGCCAGGGCGAGGGCAUCCUGGCAGCGUCGCUGGCAGGCCCCCGAGGCGAGGGCAUCCUGGCAGCAUCGCUGGCAGGCCCCAACUUCUACCCCUCGGCUGCCUACGCACGCAUCAACGGCAACACUGACGUGGGCAGGAUCGUCGUUGCCGGCCCGGGGAAAGCGCCUCUCAACGACUACCUCACGUACCGCUUCAACAUCCUUGUGCUGCUGUACGGGGACUUCAUGUCGGCCACGAUAGAUGAGGACGGCAAUGCGUGGGCGGCAGUGGACCUUCCGUUACGACUCUCGUUCGCCCCUUGCGUUUCUCUCACCUCCUCUCUCUCAAUUGUGUCACCUCCUUUCGCCUCGCCAUUCUACGUGCCUCCCGCCAUUCAACAUAUCCCCGCCUUCGUCCCCCCCCUUAUUUCGUCUCCCUCCCCCGUUCCCUUCCCUCCACUCUCUCUCCCUCCCUCCCUCCCUCCCUCCUUCCCUCCCUCCCUCCCUCCGUCCCUCCCUCGCUCCCUCCCUCGCUCUCCCUCCUUCCCUCCUUCCCGUCUCCCUUCCUCCCUCCCUCCUUCCCUCUCUCCCUUCCUCCCUCAAUCCCUCCCUCCCUCCCUCCCUCCCUCCCUCGCUCCCUCGCUCCUCCCUCCCUCCCUCCCUCCCUCCCUCCCUCCCUCCCUCCCUCCCUCCCUCCCUCCCUCCCUCCCUCCCUCCCUCCCUCCCUCCCUCCCUCCCUCCCACCCUCUCUCCCUGCCUCCCUCCCUCCCUCCCUCCCUCCCUCCCUCCCUCCCUCCCUCCCUCCCUCCCUCCCUCCCUCCCUCCCUCCCUCCCUCCCUCCCUCCCACCCUCUCUCCCUGCCUCCCUCCCUCCCUCCCUCCCUCCCUCCCUCCCUCCCUCCCUCCCUCCCUCCCUCCCUCCCACCCUCUCUCCCUCUCUCCCUCCCUCCCUCCCUCCCUCCCUCCCUCCCUCCCUCCCUCCCUCCCUCCCUCCCUCCGUCCCUCCCUCGCUCCCUCCCUCCCUCCCACCCUCUCUCCCUCCCUCCCUACCUCCCUCCCUCCCUCCCUCCCUCCCUCCCUCCCUCCCCCCCUCCCUCCCUCCCUCCCUCCCUCCCCCUCUCCCUCCCUCCCUCCCUCCCUCCCUCCCUCCCUCCCCCCCCUCCCUCCCUCCCCCUCUCUCCCUUCCCUUUCGCCUGGUCUCCUCCUGCCUCUCUGCCUCCACCCACCACACACCUCCGUUUCCGCCUCCUCAUCCCAGCACCGCCCGCCAACCGGCAUCGAAGUGCUCUUUGCACUCCGCCCCCCUUCUGCUGCUGCGCCUUCCUCUGCCGUUCCCCGUACUGCCCCUCCCUCCUCUGCCGUUCCUUCCUCUGAUUCCCCUCCCUCUGCUGCUGUUCCCUGCUCUGCCGUUCCUUCCUCUGAUUCCCCUCCCUCUGCUGCUGUUCCCUGCUCUGCCGUUCCUUCACCUGACGCUGCUCACUCCACUGCCGCUGAAAAGAGCUCGUUACAAGGACCCUCUGCUGCUCCCUCCGCUCCCCCUGCUAAGACCUCGUUAAAAGAACCCUCUGGUGCUCCCUCCUCUCUUCCUACUAAGACCUCGUUACAAGCACCCUCCCCUGCGCCUUCCACAGCCACUCCCACGGUUGCCUCCCCUGCUGCAGCCUCCACAGCCUCUCUCAAGAGCACGUUCAGAGAACCUUCUGCUGCUCCUCCCCCACCUGCUCCCCUCAAACGCCCGUUAAAAGAACCCUUUUCUACUAUCACCACAGCCUCUGGCAAGCCAGGCUGCUCCUCCGCCAGUGCUGUCACAGCUCCUCACAAGAGAGCAGAAGCAGUAGCCCCCACUGCUCCCCCCACUGCCCACUUGAAGACCUCGUUACAAGCACCCUCUGCUGCUCUCUCUACCGCACAAUUCAAGACCUCGUUAGAAGCACCCUUUGCUGCCCCCUCCACUGCUCCUGCUAAGAGUGCAUCAGGCGCCCUCUCUGUUUUCUCCACUGCUGCGCCCAAGUCCUUGUUUAGGAAAAUCCCUGCUGCUGCUUCCGGCCAAGCCCCGAUCAAGCAUUCUUCAAAAGCAUCCCUAGCUCCUCCCGCCACUGCUUCUGCAAAGUAUGCUUCAGAAGGGUGGCGGUCGAAAGCGGGCGGUGCAGGUGUGGGGAGGGGUGGUGGUGCGAGGGAGGCAGAGGAGGGUCCGUGGAGAGAGGGCGGCAGACUUGGAAAGGGUGCAGAAAGAGAAGGGAGUGGUGGGCAUGUGAAGAGUAGUGGGCUUGUGAGGAAUGCUGGGGUUGUGAGGAGUGGGAGCAAGGAAGGUAGAGGGUAUGGGAAGAGUGUGAAGGCUGGUGGCAGGGUAGGGGCAGGGAGAGGUGGAGUGGACGGUGCAGAUGCAGGGAGAGGUGGAGCGGACGGUGGAGAUGCAGCAGGGAUUGCAGGGAAGGUAGACAGGGGAGUGGCCAGAGCUGAUGGUGGGGGGUUAAGAGUGGGGGUUGAGUGGAGAGAGGGGGGCCAGCAGGUGAAGAGUGUGUGGGGCGUGGGGAAGGGGAAGGAAUCAAAGCCUGGUGGCAAGACAGGUGCUGGGUCAGUUGCAGGGAGUGUGGGGAAGCAAGGCACUGGAGUGGGAAUAGGUGGUGGUAAUGGUGGUGACGGGGGUCGAUUGGAGGGGAAGAGACAACAAGAGGGUGCUUGGCUGGCGAAGGGUGCUGGUGGGGCUUCAGGAAAGGUGAAGGGUGUGGGGCCGCCUGGGCAUGCUGUGAGAGUUGGAGGUGUAAGAAAGGAAAAUGUGGGGACAAGUGCAGUUCGCAGGGGGAUGGUCGCCGGUGGUGGCGAGCAGAGAAGAGAAAGAGAUGCGGUUACAGGAAGCAAAGGGGCACCAGUCACAGGAAAGGUGUUGGGAGGGAAGGGGGUUGGAGUGAGGGAACACGGAGUGAGGGAAUACGGAGGGGCGAAGAUGGCACCAACAACCAUAGGCUUCAAACUGGGAGGCAGAAAAUUGGGAGGGAGCAAGAUGGGAGGGAGCAAAGACGGGAUGAGGAUAGGAGCAGCAAGGGAGAUUGGUGCAAAGAGAAUGUGUGAAAGCAAGGUGGUAGAAAAAAAGGGUUACUCAAGACUGGUAAAAGUUGGAGCGUUGAGGGCAAAAGCAUUGGAGGGAAAGCGUGAGAAGGAGGGAGAUGAGGGAAGGGACAGAUGGAGGGAUGACUGGAGUGAGAGGAGAGAGGAUGAGAGAGGGAGGAGAGGGGAUGAGAGUGAGAAGAGGACAGACGAUGAAAGUGAGAAGAAGAGAGAGGAUGAGGGUGAGAAGAGAGAGGAUGAGAGUGAGAAGAAGAGAGAGGAUGAGAGUGGGAAGAGAGAUGAUGAGCGUGAGAAGAGGAGAGAUGACGAGAGUGAGAAGUGGAGAGAGGAUAAGAGUGAGAAGAGGAGAGAGAAUGAGAGUGAGAAGAGGAGAGAGGAUGAGAGCGAGAAGAGAGAGGAUGAGGGUGAGAAGAGGAGAGAGGAUGGAAGUGAGAAGAGGAGGGAGUAUGAGAGUGCAAAGAGGAGAGAGGAUGAGAGUGAGAAGAGGAGAGAGGUCGAGAGUGAGAAGACGAGAGAGGUCAAGGGUGACAAGAGGAGAGAGGAUGAGAGUGCGAAACGAAGACAGGAUGAGAGUGAGGAAGUGAGGGAUGGCCGGAGGGGGGAAGAGUGGGAUGCUACCAGCAGGGAUGUGGAGAGGACGAAAGGGAGAGACAAUGCUAGACAGCAGCUGUUGGAGCGUGGAGGGGAAGGUAGUAUUGAUAUCAGGCAGCAGUUCUGGGGAACGAAUUGGAGUACUGAGGAGGAGGGAUGGGGGAUUGAUGAGGAGGACUGGAAUGAGGAGGAGGAGGGGAAAGAGGAGGACAAGCAGGAGAAGGGGGGGGAGCAAGAGGAGGAGGAGGAGGAGGAGGAGGAGGAGGAGGAGGAGGAGGAGGAGGAGGAGGAGGAGGAGGAGGAGGAAGAGGAGGGGAAGGGGGAGAAGCAGGGGCUAGGGGAGAAAGAGGAGGGAGAGGAAGAGAAGGGCAAGGUACAUGAAAGAAGGGAAAUGACUCUGGGGAUGGAAAUAGGAAGCGAGUUUUGUGAUGCAAUCAGUGGGAGGCUCGGAGGAGCUAGGCAGGUAUUCACUGGUGUUGAGGAGGAAGGUGGCAGUGCUGUGACUCUGAGAGAUAGUGCAGCCGCUCACAGCACGGCCAUCCUCGCUCCUCCUCCUCCCUCUGCUGAAGUGCUGAUGAUGAGAGCGGAUGAUGCAGGAGAAGGGGAAGAUGAUAAGUCUGUGCAGCUCACAACUGAAGGUAGUGAUUCAGGAGUGUGGAUGAUGGUUGAUGAAGUGACGGAGGAGGUUUCUCGAAAGGACCAGGAGCAAGAGGAUGGAGGGGUGAAGGGAGAGAAGAAGGAAGGGAUAGAGGAAAAGGCAAAGGGAGAAGUAGAGGAAGGGGAGGAGAAGGUGAAAGGAGGGGAAGAGGAGGAGAGAAGGGAAGAGCAAGAGGAGAGGAGAAGGGAAGAGCAAGAGGAGAAGAGAAAGGAAGAGCAAGAGGAGAGAAGGGAAGAGCAAGAGAGGAGAAAUGAAGAGCAAGAGGAGAGGAGAAGGGAAGAGCAAGAGGAGAGGAGAAGGAAAGAGGAGAGGAGAAGGGAAGAGCAAGAGGAGAGGAGAAGGGGAGAGCAAGAGGAGAGGAGAAGGGGAGAGCAAGAGGAGAGCAGAAGGAAAGAGCAAGAGGUCAGGAGAAGGGAAGAGGAAGAGGAGAGGAGAAGGGAAGAGCAAGGAGAGAGGAGAAGGGAAGAAGAGAAGAAAAGGGAAGAGGAAGAGCAAGAGAGGAGGGAAGAGGAGAAACGAAGGGAAGAGGAAGAGGAAGAGGAAGAUGAGAAAAGGAGGGAAGUGGGAGACGAGGAAGGAAGAAAUGAGGGAGAGGAGAAACGAAGGGAAGGGGAAGAGCAGCAAAGGAGGGGAGAGGGAGAGGAGAGCAGCGAAGAAGAGGAGGAGGAGCAGCAAUGGCAGCCCCUGACCGAUGGGCGAAAGGCAGAGCCAAGCAGUAUUGGAGGGGGGGCUGAGGAGCAACAUACCUUGGACAUGAUGGGUGGCGGCUUCCGGACAUGUACAAGAGCUGGGAAAGAGCAGUCAGGGAGUGGGAGUGAUGAGGCGUGUGCGAAGCUGGGUCUGUCAGAGGAGGCGUUUGAGGCGUGCAGGACCUCUCUGGACUUGCACCCUUCUGCCGCUGCUCACUAUGCUGCUCCUGCUGCCGCAGCUGCUGCUGAUGGUGAUGGUGCUGCUGCUGCUGCGGCUGCUGCUGUUGGUGUUGCUGUUGAUGAUGAUGAUGAUGAUGAUGAUGAUGAUGAUGAUGAUGAUGAUGAUGAUGAUGAUGAUGAUGAUGAUGAUGAUGAUGAUGAUGAUGAUGAUGAUGAUGAUGAUGAUGAUGAUGAUGAUGAUGAUGGUGUUUCUGGUGAUGUGGAUGCUGCCUGUGCACGUGCUGCUGGGGGGGUGGUCCACGCUGAUGGUUCUGAUCUCGAUAACAUGCCAGGAGGCUUGAGGGAAGCAAGGGAGGAGGGCGGGGUAGGAGCGCCACAGGGGCCAAAGACCAUGCGGCAUGAUGCCGAGGCACUGCGAUGCGAUGUGUGCUUCCAACCAGGAGAGACACCCUACAACCCUAGGCGUGUGGCAGCCACAAGUCCCCGCAGUCACCAGCAUGCGACAUGCUUCUCUCUUACACCUGACCCUCUCCCCCCGUUCACCCUCUCCCCAAACAUUCACACUCUCUCUCCCCUCCCCCCAUCAGUUCCUCUGCUGCUCUCUCUGCGCCACAGCCGUCCACCAGCUCUGCUACGGCGUCGUGCGCCUUCCUCCCCUCUGGGCUGCCGUUUGAGUCAUUUUUCACCUAUUUUUCCCGCCAAUCCGCCCCCUCACCGCUAUCCACCUCUCUCCACCCAUCCACCCUCUCCCUCCCCCCCCUCCUCCCAUCAGUUCCUCUGCUGCUCCCUCUGUGCCACAGCUGUCCACCAGCUCUGCUACGGCGCAGUGGGCCUUCCCCCCCUUUGGGCUGCGCGCUCCCUCCUUCCCCCCUCCCUGCACGCACCCCUGCCCCCGCUGCUCCCACUGGCUAGCGAGGGGAAGGUAGAAGGGGAAGGGUUGGGCGGGGAGUCAGAUCAGAGCAGGCAUGGUGGUGGUGGUGGUGGUGGUGGUGGUGGUGCUGCUGCUGCUGGUCAGGGCGUGUAUGCUGGUGAAGGGGGAGGUAUGCAGCUGAGCAAGCAGGCAGCGGCGAGGCGGUUCAAGUGGCGCUGUGGUUCAAGUCAAGUGGCGCUGUGUGCCGUGCCAUCUCUACGCCCGAGCAUGCAGCAGCAGUGGUGCUGCCAGUACCUCUUCCCAGCCGCCUCCACUUACGUGAGUAUAGCAUGCAGCACUGCUGCUAGGAAUGCUCCUCCCACGUCCCUGCACCACAUGGCCCUGCACGUGACUCUCCUCCCACCGCCCUUCACCUAUAUACAGCCACACCCACCAAAACGUCACCUCCAUUCACGUGACUCCCCUCCUCUCUUCUUUCCUGCUUUGCGAUUCCGACUGCUUGCCGCCUCCAUCCUGCCCCUCCCCAGCUGUGCCUUGUGCCGCGUAACCGGAGGAGGUGCGUUCAAGCCGUGCCUGGAUGGUCCUCUGCCAGCCGAUGCCGAGAGGCAUGGAGAGUGUGGGGGGCGGGGGGAGGGUGUGGGGCUGGCAGAAGAGCAGUUGACGGUAGCAGAGGGGCGAGUGGGAAGAGCAGAGGGGGCAGGGAUCAGAGCAGAAACUGGUGGAGAGCUGGGUGGUGAAAAGAAGGGGGAUCGGGCCUUGCUGAGGAAGCGAGCAGAGAGCAGGCAGCAACGGAAGGGGAGAGAGGGGCAAGAGCGACUGGGACACGUUUCCAGGAAGGAUGCGGGACGGGAUGGGAAAGAGAGUGAACGGGGAGGCAUCGAAUCAGUCCGUGAUGGUGGCAAAGUUGAGGGGAAAUUGCGGAUGGGGCAGGGGAAUGGCAGGCACAGGCAAGAGUGGCAAGGCAGGGUGGGCAAGAAGAGAGAGGGCAGCAGCUGGCAAGAAGUGGGCAGAGGAAUGAAAGGAGAGCGUGAGAUGAAGGCAGUGGGUGCUGCUGGUCCUGUCGCGCUGAAAGAGGACGGGGGUGAGGUGAAGGAGGGAGCUCAGCACAGGGCGCUACAGAGGGAGCAUGGCAGCGGUGGGAGGGGUGUGGCAGGGGAGGUGAAUAGAAUCUGCAGUGCAAGUGGUAGCGGCGGGGGCCGGGGGAAAUGUGACCCGAGCAGGGGUCAAGAUGACAAGGCCAUGUAUCGACAAGUCAGUGACGCGUGUCAAGAGGGCAACACGAGGCUUCAAGGAGACAUAAACGUGCCUCUUUCAUCGAGAGAUAUGCCACUUGUGUCGAAGCGCACGCUAGCUGCAUCAAAAGACAUGCCGCCUGCGUUGAGGCAUGUGCUCUGGGUGCAUGUGACAUGCGCCCUCUUUGACUGCCAUGUGUUCUUCGGCAGUGCUGAGUCGCUUCAACCCAUCAUGGGCGUGGCAACUUCUGCAAAGAAGAGGGCUGAAAGCAGACAACAUUUGGCAGCAGCAGCGGCGGCAGGAGGUGUUACAGCAGCAGCAGUGGAGCGCUGUGCAUUCUGCCAUCAACCCGACGGCCCUCUCGACCUGAUCCCGUGUGCCUACCCUCUCUGCUCCACCCGCUUUCACGUCCGCUGCGGCCUGAUGCAUGGCUGCUCCACUAUUGUCCGAGAGACCGACUUGUACCAGAGGCAGGUGACGGCCUUCUGUGCCUCACAUGCUGCAGGUGUUGAGGGUGGCGAGGAGGAGGCAGCUGCUCCGACACAAGGGCCUGCCACACAUGGGACUGCCGGCCGUGUGGCAGUGCCAUCUUUGGACAAAGGCCGUGGUGGGACCGAGGUGGAGAGGAAGCCGAGGCAUGCAGACGGAGAGAAGGAAAACGUGGGCCCAGUUAAAGCGGCUGUGGAUGAGAUGGCUCAGGAGUGGGAGUCGGGGUUUCAGGGGGAGCACAUGGGGGCGGUGAGGGAGCAUCUGGGGGCGGUGAGGGAGCAUUGGAGGAAGCGAAGGGAGGCGAAUGGAGGCAUGCCGUCACUGCUUCACCUCGCGCAUGUGAGUGGCGGCCCUAUGCCAUGCUUGCGAAUGGAUGCAAUGUGUUGUGCCUUUGCGAAUCGCCACGGUGCCACCAUGCACCUUUUGGCUCGCAUUGCACAGAAGGGUCACCUCACCCGCUCUCUUGAGGCGCCUCAAAAGUCACAUGCCAUGCUUGUGAAUGGAUGCAUCGUGCCGUGCCUUUGUGAAUCGUCACCAUGCGCCAUCAGGCUCGCAUGGCACACAAGGGUCACCUCACCCGCUCUCCUUGAGGAUCCCUCUCCAAUUCCUUCCCUCUUCGUUUUCUUCCCUCUUCGUUUUCUUCCCUCUUCGUUUUCUUCCCUCUUCGUUUUCUUCCCUCUUCGUUUUCUUCCCUCUCCGUUUUCUUCCCUCUUCGUUUUCUUCCCUCUUCGUUUUCUUCCCUCUUCGUUUUCUUCCCUCUCCGUUUUCUUCCCUCCCCCUCUGCUUGCUUGCCCAUCAGGCCCGAAUGCACCAGCUAGAGGCCGCUCAGCUCACACCAACAACUCCCCUCCACGAAAAGAAAGUCUCUCCUUCCUCCAACCUCCCCAGGACCCGUGGGAGAUGCAGCAGGUGCAGGAGACAGAGGAACAUGACGGGAGGAAGAAGGAGAAUGGUAAGGGGAGAGCAGGAGUGGUGAGAGAGGUUCGAGAUGAUAUAAAAAGAGGGAGUGGUGAGAGGACGAGAGAGGGUGCUGGGAUGAGGGAGCAGCGAAUCGCAGUGAAGGAGGAGUGUGAAGCCAAGCCUCUCGCAUCACCACCACCACCUCCACCUGCCUCAGCAGCAACGUCUAUUGCUGCAGCAGCAGCGACAGCAACAGCAGCAGCAGCAGCAGCAGCAGCAACAGCAGCUACGGCAGCAGCAGCAGCAGCGUGUGGUACUGAUGGGAACAAAUCUGCAUGUGUGUGGUGCGCGGGCCACGGCGCAGCAGUGCAGUGCUUCCUCUGUGCCCUCCGCUUCUGCUACCAGUGCUUUAAGCGCCGCAAGGGCUACGGCGUCAAGGGGUGGACCACGGCCCUGCGCCAGCCCUCGUACACGUGCCGUGGGUGCCUUGGGGAGGAGGCACGUGCGGAUAUGAGCGUGCAUGGGGGUGCGGGCAUGGGUAUGCCUAGGGAUGCGGAUGUGCAUGGGGGUGUGGGUGUGGUUGCAUGUGUCACAGGGCAGACAGGUGCUGGUGGUCAUGCGGGUAUGGGUGUGCGGUAUAGGGACGAAGGGAGGGUUGGGAGUGAGGGGAGAGGGGGGGCAUUGGUGGGAGUUGAUGGGGGAAGUGUGGAGGGAGGUGUGGAAGGAGGUGUGGAGGGAGGUGUGGAGGGGGGUGGGAGGCAGAAGAGGUUGCAGGAGGUGAUGUGGGGAGAAGGGGGCGGUGAGGAGGUGGUUGAAAACGGUGGCAAGGUGGUUGAAAACGGUGGCAAGGUGGUUGGGGAAGGGCGUGUGAAGCGAGGGAGGAGGCAAGUCGAGGAGGAAGAGAAGGAGGGAGAAGAGGAGCAGGAGGGAGAAGAGGAGAGAGAGGAGGAGGAGGAGGAGGAUGAGGAGGAAGAAGAGGAGGAAGAGGAGGAGGAGAGGCGGGAUGUGCCAUGCAGUGAGGAGGAAGAAUCAGAAGGGGUGAGAUUUGGAGCAAGGAGCAGGGGGAGAGGUGGAAAGGUUGGGCGCAGGGGAAGGGACGUGUGGGAAGUGAGUGAGGGGUUGGUUGAGAGGAGUGAGUGUGACGAGGAGGAGGAGGAGGAGGAGGAGGAGGAGGAGGAGGAGGAGGAGGAGGAGGAGGAGGAGGAGGAGGAGGAAGUGUGGGGGCGAGUCCAAAAUAACAGUGAGUGUGGGGGGCCAGAGGAGGAAGGGCAGGAGGGCAGUGGCGGGGAGGAGGAAGGAUUUGUGCUGGAGGGUAACUGGGUGCAUGUGGUGGUAAAAGGGGAGAAGGCUGAGCGAUUGCGGUUGCAAGAGAUAGUGCAUGUGUGUGUGGUGAGCAGGGAUGAGUUGAAUGCGGUGAACAGUGAGAGUGUAGAUUUUGAGAUGGAGGGUCAGGAGAGAGUGGGAACAGAUGGUGUUAAGUGGGAAGGAGAGGGGGAGGAAGAGAAGGAGGAGGAGGAGGAGGAGGAGGAGGAGGAGGAGGAGGAGGAGGAGGAGGAGGAGGAGGAGGAGGAGGAGGAGGAGGAGGAGGGAAGGGAGGAGGAGAUUAUUAGUGACGAGGGAGAGAGGGCCGCAGUGCGGGGCUUUGGGGAACAGGAAGCGGGAGCAAUGUGA